UCUUAUUCUUUCAGAAGCAUACUUCGUUCCAUUACAAAUGGACUCCCAUAUACUUGACGAGUUUGUCAGCAAAAGGAAGAUAUCCAAGGAUACUAUAAGAAGCAAGGAAUUUGCCAGUUUUCUCCUUAAUUCAUAUCCUGGCCAGAAGUUCAAGCCAUUCGAGGAGCUCCACUACUCGAGAGACAACAGUCUCAGAAUCACCAACACCAGUAUUUCAGCUCAGGCUUACUGUCCGUCAGAUGAGACCGUGGACCUUUCCCUUGGAUACAAGACGUACCACAACUACUCGAAACAUGCCAAUAAAGAUGUUGCCAGCAUACAAUGCAGCAAGCUUUUGGCAGUGAAAGAGUGGGAGCAGUCCCAAAGGAGGAGAAUAGACUGCGAUAUCAUCGCUUCGAGAAGAAGCAUCCUCGAAUUGAUGAGUGUGCCAUUUUACAACACCAGAUUCUUACUCAAUAUUGUCUAUUACGACGACCAGAUCUUCAUAGAAAGGGUAAAGAACGAUAAUCAGAAGGUUGAUCCAGCAGGAAUGUGUGGAUACAACUUCGAGGCACACGCAACCCUGAACCCAGUUCCUGCCAGAGAUAACAAGCAGAAGUUCAACUGUAUGGUCAACCACGAGUUCAAGAGCGUCACAGACGAGAAAUAUUCGGUUUUGGUUUCAUGUGAAGUGGAUGCAGUGGAAGACACCCAGUUCGAGAAGUACGAUAAAUACUCCAUACUUGACAACUACAUAGAGCUUAAAGCAUGGGGACUGGUCAACAGAAGGAAGCUCCAGACGGCAUUGAUUCAAUGCUAUCUUGCUGGAGGGAAUAGAUUGGUAUACGGCAAGAGGGACGAUGAAUUCAUGUUGGAAGGUAUCCACGAAGUUGAUGUGAAUGAAAAACUAGGCUUGGAGGAUCCCACCACAGAAGAAUCUCGUUUUCACAAGGAGUUUUUGGAUAAGUGGUUCUCUUUUGUUUUCACGUUUAUCAUCGAGGCAGUGAGGGAUUAUGAGAACAAACCCAAGUAUGGGCCGUUCCAUCUUACUAUGAAGUGCGACGACAAUCUCACCAUCGAAAGAACCCAGGGAAAAUUCUUGCCACGUAAGAACUACAUCACACCGGACUGGUUCCAGAGUUGGAGAAGAUUGCUUCGCAAACAAGUCAAUGCCGACAAAAUGAAGGCGCUGACGGGAGUUGAAGAUGAGAAAACCCCAAGCAAGAAGAAGCAUUCCAUUGAGUCCACUCUGGCAGAGGACCAACUUAUUGCGGGCAUUGAGAAGUUAGGAAUCAAGAUGUAAUAGAUUGUUCUCUAUAUAUAGGGAACUUUUUUUGGCUUCGUCAACUGAAGUAGUUAAUGCUAAGUCAAUCACAUGUAAUGACCUUUCA